AUGUCAACUCCAACUUCGCGUCCUCCAGCUUCCGAGGGAACAAACGGUGCGGUGACUACUUGGCUUCCUCUAACUACUGUUUAUCCCAUUGUACCUAGCUGCAAAACCGAACUGUAUUCUCCCAAUAAUCUCACAGAUAUCUACGCCUACGACCCUAACAAUAAUGCCAAGCUCUUCCCAACAAGAUGCUGGCCUUCUGAAGCAAGAUCAUGGUGGAAUCAAGAGGUCUCUGGGAUAUCGACCAUCUCACUAGGACCAUUUCUAUGCCCGGAAGCAUAUACCGUUGUCGUUAUCAGCAUUGUAAACCCAGGCUCCACACUGAGUGGAUGUUGUCCUAGUGGUUAUGGUCUAUGGUCUUUUGCGUCCCAAGGCAUUCCCCGCGAAUGCACAUCGACCAUCACCUCCGGAGCCAAGAUUACAUAUGUUAGUAAUCGGACUCCCGCCACAGAUGAGUAUACGACAGUCACUGCCGUGGUGGAUAAAGACCAGACGGUUCACGCUGUUCAGAUCAAUGGAUAUAAUUUCGAUGGCAAUUCCGCAGUUCCGACAGUGACGGCUUUCAGUUCGAGUACUAGUUCGAGUUCGAGUACUAGUUCGAGUUCGACGUCUGGAUCGGCCUCCAAAUCCGAAACAGCAGCCUUUGGCUCUACUCCCAGCUCAUCUGGAGCUGGAGCCACAUCCACGUCGGCUGUUUCUUCACCCCCAGCUAGUGAUGGUAGUAAUAGUAGUCCAGGACUUGGCACCGGAGCAAAGAUCGGUAUUGCUGUUGGUAUCGCGAUUAGUGUAGCUAUCAUUGCUGCUCUUGUUGGAACUAUAUUCUUCAUGAGAAGGCGAAGGAAAUACGAUACAGCGCCACAGCAGGAUAGUCUUCACGCGGCCUCCCAGAUAAAAAUGAACCAAGUCGCUUCUCUUCCAUCAUUGCCUGGAUCUGGCGUUCUGCAUGAGAUGGGAUAUGGGUAUGGAUAUGAGGCACACGAGGUUGGCAACACGCAGAUACACGAAAUGAAUGGAUUGACUUUUGCUGAGCUCGAUGGAAAAAAUAAACGCUGA